AUGGCAACAUUCAAUUAUGUAUUUCGUUUCUCCCGUGCGCUAAACCAGGAUUUUGGCAAUAUCUACGCCUAUAUGGAAUGGAGGUACACGACGCAUCGCCCAUUGGGCAUGGAAGAGGCGACCAAAAAGCUCAAGCAGGGAGAGACGUCAACAGCUUUAAAUUCGCCUGCCGAGGCCGAUAUAGUUCGAACCGAUACCGUGAGAGUUGGGAGCGUCACCCGCGUCGAAGGCGACUUAUCUUGGGGCCGAAUGACGGAGGGCAAGAUUGAUAACUGGCGGUACUGGGGGGUAUACGACGGCCACUCAGGCUGGGCAACCUCGUCAAUUCUCCGAAAUCAUCUCCAUAAGUACGUUGGUAGGAAACUGGAUCAGCUAUCUGCCGAGGAUCUCGAUGACUACGGGGCGAUUGAGGCAGCUAUAAAGUCCGCAUUCACUGAGCUGGACGAUGAGAUUGUCUCCGAUGGCCUGGCUGCCAUCUAUGAGCCAAUCCCCCAGGCAGAAGCGAUGUGUCGCAUCGCACCCUCGAGCUCCGGAUCCUGUGUGCUUCUAGCCCUUUAUAAUCCGGAGAGAUCCACCCUCCAUGUCGCUGGUGCUGGCGACUCACGUGCCGUUCUCUGUCGUCAGAAGCAGGAUGAAAAUGGGGAUUGGGUCUCAAUUCCACUAUCUGUUGACCACAGUAGUACGAACCCAGAUGAGAGGGCCCGUAUCAAAGCCGAGCAUCCCGGUGAAGACCGCUUGUUUUCUGCCAUUGGCCGUUUUUUAGGAUCAGAAGUGACUCGGAGUUUCGGGGAUAACCGGCAGAAAUGGCCUAGGGAGGCAUUGGAGGAUUGGAAAAACGGCUUCUUUGGACGCGUGUAUAACUCAAACAUACAAACCCCGCCAUAUUCCACCGCGUUGCCAGAUGUGAGGAACAUACAGGUACAGCCAGGCGAUGUUCUCAUCCUCGGGACAGAUGGAUUCUGGAACCAUGUGUCCAAUGAGGACGCCGUUUACUGUGUGCAGUUGUGGAUUGAAGCGCAGGCUAAGGACAGAGCGAACAAUCUAGAGCAAGCGGAAAAUGUUGACCUUGCAGAAGUUAUCUCAACACCAGAAAAAGACCCGGAACGGAAUAUGUACCCUUAUAACUGGGAGAUGGAACGAGAAGCUUUCAUCGCGGAACAUGAUAAUAUAGCCACCCAUUUGGUUCAAAACGCAUUUGGUGGGAAGGAACGGGACUUGUUUUGCAGCGUCAUGAGUCUUUUGCCACCAGACUCCAAGGAGGCCAGAGACGAUGUGACCGUGAUUGUUGUUCUCUUCUAG